CGCGGGCGCGCGAGCGAGAUAGUUCGAGAGAGAGAGAGAGAGAUGGGUGUAUCAGAAGCAGGAAACGGCGGAACUUACUGGGGUCUGCGUGCACGCUCGUGCGACGCGUGCAAGGGCCCAACCGUGGCUUCGGCGAUCCUCUUCUGCCGCGCGGACGCGGCGUUCCUCUGCGGCACGUGCGAUGCUCGCGUGCAUAGCGCGAACAAGCUAGCCUCACGGCACGAACGAGUUUGGCUCUGCGAGGUCUGCGAGCAGUCGCCGGCCGAUGUUACCUGCAAGGCUGACGCUGCAGCCCUUUGCUCCUCCUGCGACGCUGACAUCCACUCAGCAAAUCCCCUUGCUAGCCGCCACCAGCGCAUACCUAUCGUCCCCUUCUUCGAUUCUCCCACCGCUGACUCCACAGCCGCCGCUGACGGCUGCCCCGAUUCUUUCUUCUCCGGUGACGCCGACACCGACACGUCAUGGAUGCUUCAAGUUCAGCCGAAGGAUCCACCGCUCGAGAUUCCGAAAACGGCGAACUGCUUCUUCUCCGAAGUCAAUCCGUACUUAGAUCUGGAGUACGCGUCCUCGGUGGACGCCGGGAUGUAUCAAUCGGACAGCGUCGUGCCAGCCGGCGGUGGAGUUCCGACAAGUUUCAUGCUCGAUUUCGCUAAACCAAAGAAUUCUUACACUUGCUACAACAUCAGCCCCAGCAUGUCAUCAUCGGAAGUCGCCGUGGUGCCGGACGGCGAGGGAUGCGCGACGGCUGACGCAUCCACCUGCGGCGGAGCGAGGUCUUCAUCGGCGACGGCGGUGUCGGUGAUGGAUCGAGAGGCAAGGGUGAUGAGGUACAGGGAGAAAAGGAAGAACAGAAGGUUCGAGAAGACGAUACGUUAUGCUUCGAGAAAGGCAUAUGCGGAGACGAGGCCGAGGAUAAAGGGCAGGUUUGCAAAGCGGACGGAGAUCGAGGCAGAGGUCGACAGGAUCUACUCGUCGGCUGCGGCCGCCACGGCGGCUUUCCUGGCCGCGGAUCCUCUAUAUGGCGUCGUUCCUUCCUUCUGAGAUCUCCAUUGAUCUCUGCUGGUCUAUUAUGUAAUCCUCUUGUUUUGGAUUUCUCAGUUUAGGUGUUCCCGGAGCUGCGACGAGGAGCAGCUCCGUUUUGCUCUAAACUCCAUAAUUUGUCUGUAAAUUACGCUGUAGACCCUUUCUGCUUUUCAAAUCUGAAUCUCGAUCGCCAUUGGUGGUUCGUUGCACUUGCGCA